CACUUCCCUCAACGAAGAGCCUAGUCAAACAUUCGCUCCCUGCUGCCUUUUAGGCCUUGUUGAACUUGAUGCGCUGAUGCAGAGCUCUGAAAAGAUAUUUUCUUGAUUCAAACCCUCAAAUUAACUUUUUUACACGUUUUGAGUUAGUUUUAUAUAGCGAAGUUAUUUGUAAACCAUGGAUGACCAGAUGGAAAUCAGCUCCACGACACCUUCAUACAGGAUUCAUGAUGAAGAUGGAGCAGAGCACGUGAACUCACAAACGGAUGAAGCAGCGGAUUUUCUCAGCAGAGAGGCUGUGGCUCAUGUACCAGAUGAUGAUAUUUUGGAUCUGGCCGGGGGUGCGAAAGAUGCGAUCGAGAGGCACAGAUCGACACUGCCACGCGAAGAGGAGCCACGACCGGACUUUAAGCAAGAACCAGAACCAUCGUCAACCUUUGAUCUUCCAGAGCCUGAAGCUGUCAAACCAGCACCGAUCGGAGGCGCAACAAAACCGACGAAAGCAGAGGAAAAAGAGGAGAAAACAACAGUCACACCAGCCAAAACGAAAUCUUCACUGGAGGACCUGCUGUAUUGGCGAGACGUGCAGAGGACGGGGGUGGUGUUCGGUGCCAGUUUGCUCCUCCUCUUGUCUCUCAGCGCAUGCAGUGUUAUCAGCGUGGCGUCCUACGUGGCCCUGGCCCUGCUGUCCGUCACCAUCUCCUUCAGAAUAUACAAGGGCGUUUUACAAGCCGUUCAGAAAUCUGAGGAUGGACACCCCUUCAAGAUGUACCUGGAUAAGGAUAUCGCGAUCCCUACGGAGAUGAUCCAGAAGUACAGUGAUAUGGGUCUGAUGCGCGUCAACACUGUCAUCAAGGAGCUGAGACGGCUUUUCCUGGUGGAGGAUCUGGUGGACUCGCUAAAGUUUGCAGUUCUCAUGUGGAUCCUGACCUAUGUGGGUGCCUGUUUCAAUGGUCUGACCAUCAUUAUUUUGGGACUCAUAAGUGUGUUCAGCUGGCCGAUCAUCUAUGAAAAACAUCAGGCACAAAUCGACCAUUACUACGGACUGGUGAACAAGCAAAUCAAAGAUAUUGUGGCGAAGGUCCAGGCCAAGAUUCCCGGAUCGAAACCAAAGGCCGAGUGAAGAAAGUUGGACUGUGUGUGUUUUCCAUGUGUGAGAUCGGAUUAAUGGUGAAACGAGAGAUGACGGACAGAAUCGUGUUUGUUUUGAGAACAAGGCCUUAGACGAUGCAAUGUAAACUUUGUUUCUUUACCCCAGUGUUUGAAAUCUUAGCAUAACAGAGAACCCGAAACCUUUUAAGCCUCUUAUCAGUUGCUCUUACAAGCAGAAUCGUCACUGUCUUUCAAAGUAGAGCUAUGUUUAAACAGCUACGUAAUAUCACUACAGAAUGUUGUCUGAGGAACUGAUGUCGGUGAAGGCUGGAAUUUGAGUUUUUUUUUCGUUUACUUGUUCGGUCAGUGAUUCGCUCACCCGUUUGAAGGACGUGUUGAAACAUUUCUGUACGAUAAAGGGAGUGAAUUCUUUGGGUUCCGAAGUUCCUUCACAACAAGUCUUUGUUUUUAGCUUUGUUUUUCUUUUUUUGUUUGUACUUGGCGUGAUAGAACACAGCGGUGUUGUGGUGUUACUGUUGAAAUUGACUAAAUGAAAUCGUGUUCGAGGUGAAGAGGCUUCUAGAGUUUUGCAGCGGAGUUGAAAAGCAUUUUUAUUUCGCACUUCAAAGGGACGUCACGUCGUAUUGCACCUGUAAAUUCUUUGACAGUUUUAGCAGUUUAGUAUAGAUAAAAAAAGAAUGAUGUGUGCUCAGUUGGCCUAUCGCCUCAUCACCUUCCUGUCAUGUCGACACGUUUGCAGAAUUCGCCGUUUCCAUCAUCGACCGAGCACCUGAAACGGCAAACGCUCUUAAAACUCACCAACUUCAGGCGCUGUUUUUCAUGCAGGUCAUUGUAAAUGAUAAUAAUAAUUCAGUUUUGAUGAAAAUAUGCUGAGGGCUGUCUGUGGAAUGCAUUGUGAAAUAAAUAAGCCAAUAAAAUAAUAAAGCUUGUAGAUAAGG